GCAGCACUGACGCACUUAUCUUUAAGUUGCAUUAUCGUUUUUGUCUCUAACACAAUUGCAAUUUUUUGGUCUCAUACUAGUAAAGUGGUUGAAAGUGCGACCUCGUCUUUCCUAUUCUGUUCUAACCCAGUGUCCCUAUUGAUUGUCGCUAAGAAAUGGAGUUCUACCAACCGGCCCUACUUUUUCUGUUGAUAAAAGUAGCAGACUGACGAGGAGCAGUACUUCGUCGUGCUUGGCAGUGGACAAGAUGGAAAGAAGCCUAGUAUCGAAAGCACACUUUCCGAAUUCAAAAAGUUUUACAAGAGGAACCACAGCGACAUAUUUUAUAAAGUGGACCUGAUUUCGUUUCUCACAGGGCGAAACAUGUGCUUACGUGAAGGAAUCGAGACAGAUUGCGGCGUUUUGGGUAUGGCUAACAUUGCGGGUGUAUGUGUAGAUGGACGUUCGUCUGUCGUGGAAGACAAGGCCUGGUCUUUCACAGUUGUGCGUGGUUUCGCACACGAGUUUGCUCACAACCUCGGGUGUGUCCACGAUGGCGCAGCACCUUUUACGCGUGUGCCAGGCCAUCCAGGCGCUAAAACAUGUCUAUGGGAUGAUGGCUUCUUGAUGACUCACAUUACUGCGGAAAACCAGUUCCAAUUCUCCAACUGCUGUGCUGAACAGAUUCGCGUCACUUCGCAACUCGAAGAGAAGCUAUGCCUGUUUUACAACAACAGCGACAGCAGUGAUCGUGUUGAAACUGACGCUCUACCAGGAAACAUAGCAUUGCUGGAUAAAUAUUGCGAGAUCAGAUUCCCACAUUGGGCUGACUUCCACAUUAAGUUCGAUAGCGAGACGGGCAUCAAAGCUGAUUGUCGUGUUCCUUGCAUAGGCAAGAAGGUGAAUGACGAAGGUAAGCCAUUGGUGAUUAGAAAAGCUGCACCCCAACUGGAUGGCUCCCCUUGUGACCCUCAAGACAAACAAAAGUUGUGCAUUGGAGGAGUGUGUAAACGUCCCGAAGUCUGCCAGGGCUGCACCAAGCGUCCAUCACAACCAAAAAUGCCAACAACAACAACGACAAGACGGACAAGGGGUACGAGUCGAGGUGUCUUGUAUAUUACAUACACGGGUAAAUUAUUUCCCAACGGAAAAUAA